GCAUCACAUACUGCUGCGAGGAACCCCGCCGAGGGGGAGAAGGAAGAAAUUGCGGACCACUCCCCCCCCCCACACCACCUCCACCCCGCUCCCCACCUCCUCCUCCCCCCCCCUACAGAAGCCGCGGAGCCGCGAGCCAGGAAAGAGUCGACUUUGAGACUCGCCGGGAUUGAAGAUGUGCUCACGGCGGAGCGCGCGCGUGUGAGCGGACAGCAGCAGCCCCAUUGGUAUUCAGCGGAGGGAGCUCCGGCAUCUCGCUGCGCCUUUUCCCCAGGAUGGGAUCACAGAGCGGGGAUUGUGCUCGCCUGUUGAGAGCCCCGCUGAAAUGGAUCGGAGGCCUUGCAGAGAUGGACACCAAAUGGGCAGCAUGGAAGCCAACAUACACCCUCCAGCGACGAGCUUUCCACACCUAACCGCCUCCACCAUCUCCAGCCAUCAGCGCCGACCUUCCCGGCGAGGACCGGACCUGCGGGGUUGAGGCCGGUCAAGCUAGACCGAGUUCACCAGAAGCCGCCGACAGGAAGUCAAUCCAAGCACCGGGGGAGGAGGGGGAGGGGGGGGGGGGGGGGCCUCGGAGGAGUUGACUUACAACAAACCAAUCAACCUGUUGCGCACCACCAACGAACUUCUUGGACCUGACAUGAAAUAGGCCGCAGCGAUGCUUAAGCAAAGGUAUGAAGCUUUCAGACUUGUCUGGAUUUAUCGGCCGGAUAUCCUAUCAAGAUUACGACAUUUUCGCGCAAACCUCGCGGCUGGGGCACUUUUACCGAUUGGCUUGUGGGCAAAAGCGAGUAAUUGAAAAUUCCUCCCCGAGAGGGUCUCUAUUUUGAUUUGUUGUGUUUUUUUUUUUUUUUUUUCCAAAGGAACAAUUUGAAAAGAAACCUCUUUCCCACCAUCUUUUUCAUACAUUGUGGAGAAAUAUAUUAUGAAGCAGCACCAUUCUUCUUCAUCCUUCCUCGGUGACGGAGAGAGGGGAGGGACGCACUGUCCAGAAUAGAUAACAAGCGAGGAGACCGGCGCUGAGGAGAGAAGAAGGGGAAAAGAGGCAGAACAUAGAAGAAAGCCGCCAGAAGGAAGAACACGUGGCGAGAGAAGAACAAUAGAGAGUUACUUCUCUAUUGUUCAAAAUCCUUACGAGUCUCUUUUAUAAUUCGCCCGUGCCGUGUUGGGGGCUAGUUACCACGAUGGGCUGGGUCAGAAUUUACACCAGGGGGGGCACUUGAGCAGGCGAGUCGGGUUAUGCCCCCCCCCUGCACCUGCCUGGUCUGUAUCUCAGUGUUUGGCAGGAAGACAUAUUGAAGGAUGGUUUGGUGAGACAGCUCUACUGACAGACAGGCUCUGAGGCUGGUAAGACAGACCCAUAGGAAGACAGGGAGACGGGCACGCAGCCCUUUUCUCCAAGUGUCAGCCAGAGAGCCAGACAGACACCCGAGGCCGGCGCGGCAGACAGCUUGCCAUUGAUUGUCAUUCUGUGCCGACUGUAACGCCCAGAGAGAGUGAAGGAAAGAAAUAAGAGACAGAAAGAAAGAAGGGGAGCAUCCCUGCGUUCAUAGCUUCUGGAGAACCUCACCUCAUCUGCAUCCGUAUAGUGUGACAGGGCUGCGCACGAAAAAAUAACAGGCUGGGCGAGAGGAGGCUGUUUCUAGAAAGGUAGAGAGACACAGAGAGAGAGAGGGGGAAGGCAGAGAAACAGAGGGAGAGAGCAGGUGUCGGAAAUCCUCCCCUUCAUCUGCUUGUCGUUUACUCCGUUAUGUUCCCCCGUCGUAUGGCGACGUGAUUGGUUUCGUGACGCCGGUGUUCCUCUGCUCAUCGGCCCUCUGCAAACCAGAGACACACGACAGACAGAAGAAAGCAAAAAAACAGACAGCAGAAAAGGAAAGGUGGGGCUCAAUGGACUAAUCCCCCCCCCGCGCCCCCCUGCUUCCUUUUCUAAAUUUCCAAGAGUGACUGUUGUAUUUUUCACCUUUUUUCUUAAAGUCAGACAGAGGAAAAAGACAAACAGCGGACCAACCAAUCGCGGGUUUUUCUUUGUGCACACAAUCAAACCAUCCUUUCAUCAACUGUUGAUUUUUCUUACCUUGCUCUGAAGGGAUUAUUUUCUCCAACCGAGUAUAAACACUGAAAUCCUCCAGGUUCCCUCUACGUGUCCUCAUCCCCAAUGACACAGAGUGAACCCCUCUGAUCCCCCCUCCUCCCCCCCCGGUGCCCCCCGCCACCCUCAGCCAAAGUGCUAAAACCCUGGUCUCAGAUCUCUGUUGACUCACUACCACAGCGAUAAUAAGGCACUGCGCUUCUGAUACCGUCCGAUUCAUUCCGUGGUGGUACAGGCAGCCGUCAGAACAUUCUCCAUGAGGAGCAGUAGAAGAUGCCGGCUCUGCCAGCACUGCUGCUGUCAAUACACGUCGUCGCCUUCCUGUUAGUCACCCUGCUGCCCAGCUCCCUCAGUCAGGCCCCUUUGCUCUCCUCUGUCCGAAUGGCGGCCAUCCUGGAUGACCAGUCUGUUUGUGGCCGUGGGGAGCGGCUGGCGUUGGCCCUGGCCAGGGAGAACAUCAACAGCGUGAUGGAGGCUCCGUCCAGAGCCCGAGUGGAGGUGGACAUAUACGAGCUGCAGAAAGACUCCCAGUACGACACUACUGACACCAUGUGUCAGAUUCUACCCAAAGGCGUCGUCUCUGUGAUAGGUCCCGCCUCCAGCCCCGCCUCCGGCUCUACUGUCAGUCAUAUAUGUGGCGAAAAAGAGAUCCCCCAUGUCAAGAUCGGUCCGGAGGAGACUCCCCGCUUGCCGUACCUGCGCUUUGCCUCUGUCACUCUGUACCCUAGCAACGAGGACCUGAGCCUGGCCAUAGGAGCCAUCUUGCGCUCGUUCAGUUACCCCUCAGCCAGCCUGGUCUGCGCCAAGGCCGAGUGCCUGCUGAGAUUAGAGGAACUGGUCCGCCGCUUUCUCAUCUCUCGGGAGACGCUGUCAAUCAGAAUGCUGGACGACAACCUGGACCCUACUCCACUUCUGAAGGAGAUCCGAGACGACAAGGUGGCCACCAUCAUCAUCGACGCCAAUGCUUCUGUGUCCUAUCUCAUCCUCAAGAAGGCGUCUGAGCUGGGGAUGACAUCAGCGUUUUACAAGUACAUACUCACCACAAUGGACUUCCCACUCCUGAGACUGGAUGAUAUCGUAGACGAGCAGUCAAACAUUGUGGGUUUCUCCAUGUUUAACACCACCCAUCCCUUCUAUUUGGAGUUCAUCAGAAGCCUGAACCUGUCUUGGAGGGAGGGAUGUGACCUGACGUACCCCGGCCCUGCGCUCUCGUCAGCGCUGAUGUUUGAUGCGGUGCAUGUGGUGGUGGGGGCGGUUAGGGAAUUGAACCGCAGUCAGGAAAUUGGAGUGAAGCCGCUCAGCUGCACCUCGCCCCAGAUCUGGCAACACGGGACCAGUCUCAUGAACUACCUGCGCAUGGUGGAGUACGACGGCCUGACAGGGCGUGUGGAGUUCAACAGCAAGGGUCAGAGGACCAACUACACCCUGCGGAUUCUGGAGAAACACCGGGGAGGCCACAAAGAGAUCGGGGUCUGGUACUCCAACAACACUCUGGCAAUGAACUCAACCAGUCUAGAUAUAAAUGUCUCCGAGACACUGGCAAACAAGACCCUCAUUGUCACCACCAUACUGGAGAACCCGUAUGUGAUGCGCAGACAGAACUACCAGGACUUCCAGGGCAACGAGCAGUACGAGGGCUUCUGCGUCGACAUGUUGAAGGAGCUGGCGGACAUCUUGAAAUUCUCCUUCAAGAUCAAGCUGGUGGAUGACGGCCAGUAUGGGGCUCCGGAGCCCAACGGCUCUUGGACCGGUAUGGUGGGAGAGCUGAUCAACCGGAAAGCCGACCUGGCCGUAGCGGGCUUCACCAUCACGUCGGAGAGGGAGAAAGUCAUCGACUUCUCUAAGCCGUUUAUGACCCUGGGGAUCAGCAUCUUGUACAGAGUUCAACUGGGUCGGAAGCCGGGUUACUUUUCCUUCCUCGACCCCUUCUCUCCGGCCGUCUGGCUCUUCAUGCUGCUCGCCUACCUGGCUGUCAGCUGUGUGCUCUUUCUGGCUGCAAGGCUGAGCCCCUAUGAGUGGUACAACCCGCACCCGUGUCUGCGAGAGCGCAAGGACAUUUUGGAGAACCAGUACACGCUAGGGAACAGCCUGUGGUUCCCUAUCGGAGGCUUCAUGCAGCAGGGGUCAGAAAUAAUGCCCAGAGCCCUGUCCACCAGAUGUGUUAGCGGGGUGUGGUGGGCGUUCACCCUGAUCAUCAUCUCCUCCUACACGGCCAACCUGGCCGCCUUCCUGACCGUCCAGAGGAUGGAAGUCCCCAUCGAGUCCCCGGACGACCUGGCCGACCAGACCAACAUCGAGUAUGGCACCAUCCACGGAGGGAGCACCAUGACCUUUUUCAUGAACUCGCGUUACCAGACCUAUCAACGCAUGUGGAACUACAUGAACUCCAAGCAGCCCAGUGUAUUUGUGAAAAGCACAGAGGAGGGCAUCGCCCGCGUGGUCAACUCUAAGUACGCCUUCUUGAUGGAGAGCACCAUGAACGAGUACUACCGCGGCCUCAACUGUAACCUCACCAAGAUAGGAGGCCUACUGGACACCAAGGGUUAUGGAAUCGGCAUGCCGCUGGGGUCUCCGUUCAGAGAUGAGAUCACGCUGGCCAUCCUCCAGCUGCAGGAGAAUAACAGGCUGGAAAUACUGAAGAGGCGGUGGUGGGAGGGAGGCCAAUGCCCCAAAGAGGGGGACCACCGUGCCAAGGGUCUGGGCAUGGAGAACAUCGGGGGCAUCUUCGUGGUGCUGAUCUGUGGUCUGAUCAUUGCUGUGUUUGUGGCCAUCAUGGAGUUUGUUUGGUCCACACGCCGCUCCGCAGAGACCGAUGAGGUAUGCCCCCAUACCUGCCCACGCCGACCCCACAGACACACCCCAGUGUCUGUUUGUCAGGAGAUGAUCACAGAGUUCAGAAACGCCGUUUCCUGUAAGAAGAGCUCCCGUAUGCGCCGCCGCCGGCCCCUCGGCAGCUCCGGGGCCCUGCGCCACCCCACACGCAUCGCCCUGGGGGCCCCUCGGCCCCUGCGCCUGGUCCGGGAGAUGCGCCUCAGCAACGGCAAGCUCUACAGUGGCGCUGGUCCGCUGACAGGUGGAGCCGGAGGAGGUGGAGCAGGAGGGACGGGCCCAGCGGAUCUAGGCCCGGGACCCCAGCGGAUCCUAGAUGACCCGCUGGGGGCCAACAGCACCCCUCCUCCACCGGCCCCUACGCCUGUGAUGCUGCCCGUGCGCAGCUGCACCCACGUGCGGAUCUGCCAGGAGUGCCGGAGGAUCCAGAGCCUGCGAUCCGGCAACAGCACGGGAUCAACCACAACAAGAAUACCACCUUCGUCGGCGCCCCUGCCGCGGCUACCUCCGCCCCCGCCCCCAUCCUCGUCCAACACAGACAGCGAGGGCGGAGCGGGGCACAGCCCAAGGCGGCUGCACCACAGCCCACCCUCUCAUACCCCUCGGCCCAUUCCACCUCCACAGAACAGCAAAACCACAGACCUGCUGGCUGAACAGGACUGAGACCGGAGGCAAUGGGGGAGGAGGGGGAGAUGGGGGGGGGUGGAGGUGGGGGUGUGGAGGGGGCAGCGGAAAUUGACUGUGAAGGUGGUGUAACUGAGGAACAUUUAUGCUACUGAGAGAGAGGGAGAGUUUCCACUGGUGAAGUUCAUAGGAGAACAAAAGAGGACAAAAACCUCAAGGUGAGCCAAUAGAAAACAAAAUAACCUUUAAAGGGAGAAUAACGAAGUCAAACCUUUCACCAGUUUGCAUGCAGAUGCAGAUGCAGAGCUGGCUUCAAGUACGCUGUUAAGCUUCUGUACUCUACCACAUGACCAGGUGACGGUUUCUAUUGGCCUCCUUUUCCUUUGUCCCUCUCCCUGCCCGAUCCACCUUUUCCAUUUGAGUGCGCUGGUUUUUCAUGAAAAGGACACUUCCCUCCUCCAUUAAAAUGAAGACUUGCUGAAGGACAUACUGUAAUUGUCUGUGAUUUAAAACCACAACUAAAAGACUUUCAAAGAAUUAUUUCCUGUUUUUUCUUUUACUUUCCUUCUUGUUUUUUUUUUCUCCAUUGUUCUGAGUUGGAAUUACAGAAUUAAAUACGGAAUACGGUGAGUUGUGACGUAGACGCUUGACUGCAAGAGUUUAGUGUCUCUCCCUUCGGACAGCAGCUGCUUUUUGGAUGGUAUCAGGGAAGGUGGACGGCGCUACAUCAACACCACAUAAUGCAAAAGGCAGCAGAGGAAACUCUCUGCCUUCCGUCACACUGUGCGUUGGUGCAUUGAAGAAAAAAAAAGAAAAAAGCUCCCUUGUAAGUCUGUAAUUACUCAAGUGAGGAGAACCUUAAACAGCCUGGUUCUAGAAAUGUGAAAAUUAGGCCCAAUGAGAGGAAAAAGAGCAAAACACUCAAAUGUGAAAUGAAUGUCCCUCGUUAUCCUGAGUAAACUUUUGCAUCCCGUCUGCUCACACAGUGUAGAGGAGGUAGAAGGAGGAAAAGGCAAGGUAGAGAAGAAUAGAGAGAGGCAAAGAAGGAAAAGGACACUCCUGACUUUGAAUGAGGAAUCCUCGGCUGAACUACUUCCACGAUUAGAUCUGUCCUGAUCCGUUCAUUUAAGGCUUAUUAAUGCGCUAGCAGACUGUAGCCGCAGCUUCAUCCCAUCUCUCUGUUCAGCAGACUUGGCCGUUACACAGUAGAGGCUCCUGCCAGCGUGAUAGACUCAACACAGCCUUGUCAAUACGGUCUCAGCUUCUGAUCGCAUAAUUACUCCCCUCGGUGUCUGGGGGCUCAUUCGGGAGGGGGUUGAACACGGGGAAACAUGCUGAUGAAAAGGUUUAAAAGGAAAUGCAUGUUUUUCUCUCCGGCUCAGAAGGCAACCUGGUCUCUUUGAAUUAUGCUGUUGACGUUGCAGCCCGACUGUUUGGUGAAACUCCCAACUGAAACUAUACGCCACAGCUUAUCAGCCACGGUGCAUAGAGGAUAUACACCUGUGGAUUUGCUUAUGUUAGCCCUUUUUAUUUUUAAAUUGUGGAUUUCUCCAUUUUUCCCUGCUGCUUUCACGGCAAGUAAGUGUAGAAUAAUUACGGGGAGCAUUACUGAAGGAGGCCUGCAUUCUAAACUUAUAUUACUGGCAACCGGUCCAAUUAAAAGACCAAAACUAACAAUGAAUUGAUGAACUGAUCUGACUGAUGAGUAGCCUAAAUUUAACUUCCGAUGAAAGAUGAAAGUCUAUUAAGACACUUUACAGGUGGCAAGUGGCUCUGACACUUUCAGAAGUGAUGCUAGAGGAGCACCUAGAGGGUCACAGCUUCGCCGGUUCAACGUGGAUGUUUGAGGAGUUGGGAACGUGUUGGAGAGACACACCAACACGUGUGUGAGAAAAUUAUAAAGCCUUAUCCUUCAAGUCUGCAUAAUAAAGAUCACUAAAUGUGAGGAAACCACAAGGCCACACCAUCCCCUCAACAGCAAUUUUAUUAAAUCAAAAUGAAUUUCUUCUUGCUUGAUGUUUAGAAUCACAAUUACAAAACAGAUCGUUUUAGUUCAGGAGUAAAAGAUUGAGUUGUGGUUACUGCCGUAUUACUUCUCUUUGGUGUGAUCGUUGCAGCUGUGAUCUCUGUUGUACGACCUCUCUGUGAAACGGUCCCUUCAAAAGUAAAUGCCCUGAUUUUUUGCACUCAUUGCGUAGAUUAUGUCUAUUUUUUUAUAUGAAAUCAUAAUCAAGUGCUGUAUUAGCAUUUUCUGAACUGCAGGCUGUAGACUCAUCAGUGUCUCAAUGUUGAUUGAAUAAUUUGUUAAAUCCCCAAAAGAUUCACUACCAACUGAACGGGGGGCUGAAUGAAAUGUUUUCGAUGAGAUGUAACUAAAUUCCUCACCAUGCUGUUCAGUGUCACUGUUUCCUGUUGUUGACAGCUGAUUUUAUGAAUGUAAUCAUUUCCAGCAGCUGAUUCUCAAAAGUCAGUAUCUCCCCCCGUCUUUUGCCGUCGGUUUUGAAGUAAAAAUCAAUUUGUACCUCGGUCCUAUGAGCCUCCGCCAACACACAUAAAGCUGCCAGCUGCAGGAGACUCACACCCUCUCAGAUCUCAACAAACAGCAGGAAAACAAUCCCUCGCUGGCUUCACACCCAUCAAAAUUCAGCAGCAACACAAAGUGUGCGACAAAACAUGCAAACCCACCGGCUCAGCCCUCUACACGUCCCCUGAGAAGAAUAAUACCAUGCCGGCAUUGUUGUCUGGGAAAACAUUCCGUUGCUUUAUAAAGUUAUGCAUUUUGCAGUGGGACGGAUUUGUCGGCACAGAUGCGCUCCAGAUGAUGAGCGAUAACAUUGUUUGGAAACAUUACGCUGUCGUUUUGAAUGAUUGCUGUCAGCCGAAGCAGGCCUGGAUCUGAUGCCUUUCUUACUCUCUGUAUAUUUCUUCCUUUGUGUUCAGAAUGCUGACGAAGCAGCAGGAGAGAGCCCCCUUUCAAACACACACACACACACACACAAACAAACACAAACACCCGCAAAAUCUUAAUAGCUUAUUUCCUCAUUAUUUAAAGGUUGUAAACCCUCUGGUUGUUUUUAAAUUUGUCUUCUGUCUGUGUCUUCUUCGGGUUGGUUCUGUGUGCAAAUCGACAAAACGUGUAAUGUGAGGGCACCACUGAGCCGUUGAGCGUCAGCAGCUUCAAGCCACCAGCUGCACACAUUUAUUAGCUGCCAAACGUUAUUGUUGAGAAGCAAAAGAAGGCUGCAAACUCUAAGAAAGCAAAAAACAUUUCCGGUAUGAAUAAUCACAUGUAUGAAGGGAAGAGAGGGUCACAAAACCGAAAAGUUGGAAUUUCUGAACUGUCACCCCAUCAAAAAAAAACCUUUUUGUUUAAUUUGACGUUCUUUUCGUUGGUAUUUUUUCACAUUUCUAUAUCAGUGCUAAAUGGAUUAUCAAAACUGAUGAUGAAUAUUAUGAUUAAAUUGUUGUUGUUAUUCCUAUUGAAGACCAAGAGGCUCUAUAGUGUGAUUCUGGGGGAAGGGAGGGGGACGGGGGACGUAGGGACAACGGUGCAAUGAUGUUCUUCAGAGCGUUCGCCUUGUUGUUUAAAGCUUGUAGACACAAACUCCUUUUGGAAUAAAAAUAUUCAAACAGCAUUUUUCCUUUUGUUCACUGCCAGGCAAAUGCUGCCGUAAUGCAGGUGUGGAGGAAGCACUGAGAUCUUUUACUGAGGUAAAAGUGCCACUACAGUAAUGUAACAGCUACUAUAUUUAGACACGUACGGAGGCCUGUUGUUUUGAAAAUGCUCUUUUCAAAAGGCUGUUGUCCCUCCAGGCACCAUCCUCCCAUGUUUACACAGGAAACAUUCUUAAAUGCAAUUAUUUGAAGUUUGAAAUAGGCUAGUUUAUUUUUGUUUAAUACAUUUGUUCCACAACAUGAAUCAGUGUGUUGGUUGCAGAUACAAGUUAAAAUGAAGACGAUUGUACCAAAUGUCAGUCUGAGAACCUUUUAUUUAUACAAAGUAAAAUUAGUCUCUGCCUCAAGGAGCUCAAACAUUAGUUAGACAUGUAUAUAUAUGUAACUUAAUUCAUUAAUAAUAAAACAGUGAUGUAACACUGUGAAA